ACUGUCGGUGACUUCGUGAAAUCCGCUAGGUGGGGAAGUUUGGAUGAAGGCUCAAGUUAAAGCACGUUGCAGCCGUCAGACUUUAAACCGUCUACAUUUUCACGUGUCUUACGUUUAGUGCCUUCAUUCGGUUAGUUGUCCCGAGCAAGACAUCAAAUAAAGAGAAGAACUAAAGCAUUGACUGUUGGUGUCCAGAGAUAAUUCUAACCACAGAAGAUGAGCGAAGGCACUGGGCCAAUAACGAGUGCAGGUGAAGGCGAGGAGGUGCCUCAGCCCUUCUCUGUCACCAUCGGAGCUACAGUUCCCACAGGGUUUGAGCACACAGCCGCAGAGGAGGUGCAUGAAAAGAUAGGAGCGGUUGCCAGAGUUAGCAAAGACCGAGGCAGGAUAUAUUUUGAAAUAACAACGGAUAACCUUCCCAAGGUGCAUCAUCUAAAGUCUGUAGACAAUCUGUUUGUCGUGGUUGAGUAUUAUGAGAAUUAUCAGUUUAAAGACUCCAAGGAAGAGGCAUUAUUAGACUUCCAGCAGCUUGCGUCUACAUUACCAUGGACGAAUGCUUUGGAAGUAUGGAAAAUGAACAACUCUGUCAAGAAAAAGAGAAGUCGGAGAAGAGGAGCUGCCAACUCCAAACCAAAACCAAGCAGUGAUGCGUCAGAUCCUGAGAAGCUGCAAACUGAGCCUGAAGCUCUGCAGGAAAAAGACGAGCAAAAAGAUGCUUGUGCUGAGCAGGAGACGGACCCUCAGACAGAGCAGGAUUCCGAGACGCAGGAGCAGGCUGAGAAUAAACCUCUCAAGUUCCGUGUGACAUGCAACAGGGCUGGAGAUAAACACAGUUUCACCUCUAACGAUGCAGCACGAGACUUCGGUGGUGCUGUGCAAGAGUUCUUUCAGUGGAAGGCAGACAUGACCAAGUUUGAUGUGGAAGUGUUGUUGAAUAUCCACAACAAUGAAGUGGUGAUUGGCAUUGCCCUUACAGAGGAGAGCCUACACAGAAGAAACAUAACUCACUUUGGCCCCACCACUCUACGCUCCACCUUGGCUUAUGGCAUGCUUAGACUUUGCAAGCCACAGGUAUCAGAUGUGAUAGUAGACCCCAUGUGUGGCACUGGAGCCAUACCUUUAGAGGGAGUCAUAGAGUGGACUCAUUCAUUCUUUCUUUCGGGAGACAACCAUGACAUGGCCGUCAGUCGAACAGUUAAUAACAUCAACCAUAUUGUGAAGAGAAGACAAGAUGGAGGCAGCGCUUCUCCAGGUUUGCCUAUAGACACUGCACAGUGGGACUUGUGUCAUCUACCCAUGAGGACAAGCUCUGUGGACAUAAUUACCACUGACAUGCCUUUUGGAAAGAGAAUGGGUUCCAAGAAGAAGAACUGGGAUCUAUAUCCUUCUUGCCUUCGGGAAAUGGCACGGGUCUGCAGGCCAGGGACAGGAAGGGCUGUAGUGCUAACUCAGGACAAAAAAUGUUUUCAAAAGGCUCUUGUACGGAUGAGUGGGCUGUGGAGGAAAUCGCACACUGUUUGGGUGAACGUAGGCGGGUUGCAUGCUGGAGUUUUCGUGCUCCGGCGCACAGGGGCGAAUUUUGGCACCACUCCCGAGGAUGUAAGAGAGCCUCACAGAGCGCCUGAGUCACAAGAGGAAGGAGUGCAAGAUAAGGUUUAAUAGAUAAGGUUAAUAUAAACGUGUAUAAAUGUUCAUAUAUUUGUUAACAUACAGUAAUUCAAAGACUUACAAGCUGUUGGAAAUGUAUGCAAAUCAUAACCUGUGAAAAAAUGUUUUCCACCAGUUUUUGCCUUCUCCUGUAAAGUUCAUAUUUUGCAUAUACUUGUUUUUAUUGGACAAUGACAAUAUGUAAGUGAUGUCUGUUAUGAUGGCCCUGUGUUCUUCCUCAUUCAAAAAGCAGUGAAGGGGUGGGGCUAAACUGCUACACUAUGUGGACAAAAGUUUUGGGACACAGUAUACCUACAGGAGCUUUUAUAACAUCCCAUUCUAAAUCCACUGGCAUUAAUAUUAAGUUGGUCCUCCAUUUGCGCCCAUAACAGCUUCAACUCUUCUAGGAAGGCCUUCUACAAGAUUUUGGAGUGUAUCUAUGGGAAAUUUUGCCCAAUCAUCCAGAAGAGCAGUUGUGAGGUCAGACACUGAUGGGGUUGAGAUAGCACUCUUUGAGGGCCAGUCAAGUACUUCCACACCAAACUCACCCAGCCAUGCCUUUAUGUACCUUCCUUUGUGCUCUGUGGCUCAGUCAUGCUGGAACAGAAAAGGGCCUUCCCCAAACUGUUCCUACAAAGUUAUAAGCAUACAGUUGUCCAAAAUGUCUUGGUAUGUUGAAGAUUUCACUGGAACUAAGGAGCCUAAGCUGACCCCUGACAACCACCUCCAUAGCAUUAUCCCACCUCCACCAAACUUUAUAAUUGGCAUAAUGCAGUCAGGCAGGUAGAGUUCCUUUAGUAUUUGCCAAACCAUCAGACUACCAGAUAGAGAAGUGUGAUUUGCACAGAAUGUUUCCACUGCUUCCACUGCUCCACUGAGUCUAGUGUUGAGGUCCUUUACACGACUUCCCCCCUGAGGCUUGGCGUUGUGCAUUUUCAUCUUAGGCUUGUGUGUAGCUGGUCUGCCAUGGAAACCCAGUUCAUGAAGCUCUUAAUGGGCAGUUUGAUUGCUGAUAUUGCUUCCAGAGGCAAUUUGGAACUCUAGAGAGUGAUUCAGAGGACAGGCUCAGUGCACUUCAGGACUCACCAGCUAUUGUUUCUCCAAGGUGCUUUCAUUUCGCAGUCAUAGCAUGAGCUGAUUAGUAUGACCCAUUCCACUGCCACAGUUUGUCUAGCGAGACUGCAACGCUAUGUGCUUACUUUUCUCCACCUAUUAGUAAUAGGUGUGGCUGAAACGCCUGAACUCAGUAAGUAAGGGGGUAGUCCCAAUACUUUUGUCCAUAUAGUGUAUAAACAUCAGCAUAUAUCUGUGUAUUUCACUGUUUAUGCGAUAUCAUGAAAGGCUGAGCAUAUAGAAAAAUGUGUGUGUUUGUAUAUAUAUAUACUUCUAUUGCUGUAGGCUCAGCUUUUCAGGAUAUCGCAUAAACAGUGAACUCAAAAUGGGGAGUGAAAAGUAUGUUUUAAAACUUGAACAAUGUAAUACAUCAAACUCUUAUUUUAAAAAUGUAAGAAAUUAUUAUUGGUUUUCAAUGAGCUCUAACAUUUUUGGCACACCAUGAAAAUAAAUUUCUCAUUCAUUCAUUCAUUCA